UCCUCUGAACAUUGUUUUAUCAGUAUAUUGCAAUAUCUGCUAAUACCUUUGCCUUAAUACUGCAUCAUAUCUUCUGUAUUCUCAACAUUACCCUCAUGAUUCACAUUACAGAUCAUCCUUGGCUGCAGAAUGCCAAUAAGGCACCCAAUGUAAAUCUUGGUGAAACUGUUCGAGCAAGACUCCAGCAAUUUUCAAUGAUGAAUAAAUUUAAAAAGAAAGCUCUUAGGGUGAUAGCUGAACACUUGUCUGUGGAGGAGAUUGCCGACAUAAAGGAAAUGUUUGAGAAUAUGGAUAUCAACAAAAAAGGACAGAUAAAUUUUGAUGAGUUAAAGUAUGGUUUGCGCAAGCUCGGACACCAGGUUGCUGAUUCAUAUGUCAAAGCAUUAUUGGAAGCAGUAAGUUAUUGCUGAAGAUGCAAUCUUUUU